GAGAAAGAAGGAAGAGGAAGAUGGGAAACGAAGAAGAGAAUGAAGAAGCGAAGAUGGAGAAGUUCUUCGCAUUGAUCAGAAGCAUACGAGAAGUGCAGGAACGUAUGACACGCGGGUUAGGUAAAUCAAAGGAGGCAGAAAAGAAGGCCACCAAAGAGAAGGCGGUUCAGGUUUGGACGCCGUCGUUCCGACCAGAAGAUUUCAUGGAGGAAGCUCCGUCCAGAGGCCCUCAAACCGACAUAUCAGGUUCUUCUGACACACAAAAUAAAAUUAAAGAAGAUGACAAAGAAGAUGGUGGUGAUGGCUUGGACCUCAAGCUUUCUUUGUAG